AUGGGAUUGCAAGGCGUGUCGCAGGCUCAGGCCGUCACGGUGAGUUUGAAGGAGUUGAUUGACGGUUCUGUCUCUUUUGAAACCCUCACCGAGGCCUUCGGACCGUCUUCGCUAGGCAUCAUCGUCGUGAAAGAUCUCAACUCCGAAUUCCAGCGUCUGCGCGCGCAAGUCCUCUCCAACGCCUCAUAUCUCGCUGCGCUUUCCACCGAUGAACUAGAAUCCCUCACCAGCCCCGCAGCCAACUACCUCGUCGGCUGGUCCUGCGGCAAAGAAACCCUGCGGUCCGGCCACUUCGACACCCUCAAAGGCUCCUACUACGUUAACUGUGCCUUCUACCAGAACCCAGACCUCGAGGGCGCCCCGGCCGACGACUUCCCCGAUCUGCCUGGCUACACAGCGCCCAACAUCUGGCCCCCGGCGGACCGUCUGCCCACCUUCCGGAAAAGUCUCGAGGAGCUAUGUACGCUGAUCAUUGAUACUGCGGCGCUGGUCGCGCGCGCUUGCGAUCGCUACGCUGGGGCUAAUAUCGAGGGUUAUAAAUCGGGGUACCUGGAGCAUGUUGUAAGGAGUAGUCUUACUACUAAGGCGAGGUUGCUUCAUUAUUUUCCUUCGAACGAUGCCACCUCCAACUCCAACCCCAACGGGGCCAGUGACGAGGCCAACGACGACUGGUGCGCCACACACAUCGACCACGGCUGUCUCACCGGCCUGACCUCCGCCAUGUUCAUCGACGAAGCCGCCUCCCCCAUUAUCCCCUCCUCCUCCACCAACCCAUCUACCACCCCUCCCCUAACGGAACUCCCUACCUCCCCGGACCCCCAAGCAGGCCUGUACAUCCAGUCCCGCACCGGCGAGGUCGUGAAAGUCAAUAUCCCGAAAGACUGUCUGGCGUUCCAGACCGGCGAGGCGUUGCAGCUUAUCACGAGGGGCAAGUUUCGUGCUGUGCCGCAUUUCGUGAAGGGUGCGAGGCCUUCGCCGCAGGCUGGUACAGAGGCUGGGGCGGGGGCAGAGGCGCGGAUCGCACGUAAUACGUUGGCGGUGUUCACGCAGCCGAAUUUGAAAGAGGAGGUGGAGGAGGGGAAGUCGUUUGGGGAGUUUUCGAGGGAGGUGUUGAGGAAGACGUAUUAA